AUGGCUUCUUCUUCUCCUCCUCUCUUCUUCUUCUUCCUUAUCUUCCUCUCCGUCGUCUCCGCCGUCAAAAUACCUCUCUCUCCUUUCUCACACCAGUCUGACCAAUUACCCAACGAUCCUUACCUCUCUCUCCGCCGUCUCGCCGACUCCUCAGUCGCCAGAGCCAGACAGCUCAAACAGCCGAGCUCCAUUAAACCCGACGAAGAUGCUCUCUCCUCCUCCAAAACCUCAGCAUCCGCCGCCGUCGUGAAAUCCCCUCUGUCUGCUAAGAGCUACGGCGGAUACUCCGUCUCUCUCAGCUUCGGUACGCCGUCGCAGACAAUCCCUUUCGUCUUCGAUACCGGAAGCAGCCUCGUCUGGUUCCCUUGUACCUCGAGGUAUCUCUGUUCCGGUUGCAAUUUCCCCGGUUUAGAUUCGACCCGGAUCCCCAGAUUCUUGCCCAAGAACUCUUCUUCGUCGAAGAUCAUCGGGUGUCAGAAUCCGAAAUGCCAAUUUCUGUUCGGACCCAAUGUUAAAUGCAGAGGAUGUGACCCGAAUACCCGCAAUUGCACCGUCGCUUGUCCGCCGUACAUUCUCCAAUACGGGUUAGGAUCAACGGCUGGGAUUUUGAUAUCCGAGAAGCUUGAUUUCCCGGAUCUAACCGUACCCAAUUUCGUCGUCGGAUGCUCAAUUAUCUCGACCCGACAACCCGCUGGUAUCGCCGGGUUUGGGCGUGGGCUCGAAUCUCUCCCUUCUCAGAUGAAACUCAAGAGAUUCUCGCAUUGCUUGGUUUCGCGACGGUUCGACGACACGAAUGCGAGCACCGAUCUCGAUCUGGAUACCGGGUCGGGUCAUAAUUCCGGGUCGAAAACCCCGGGUCUCAGCUACACGCCGUUUCGAACCAACCCCAAUGUCUCCAACACCGCUUUUCUGGAGUACUAUUACCUCAAUCUCCGGCGAAUCUACGUCGGAAGCAAGCGCGUUAAGAUCCCGUACAAGUACCUCGCGCCGGGAAGCGACGGAAACGGAGGAUCAAUCGUCGAUUCCGGAUCGACAUUCACUUUCAUGGAGCAACCCGUGUUCGAGCUCGUGGCUGAGGAAUUCGCGACGCAGAUGUCGAAUUACACCCGGGAAAAAGACAUAGAGAAGACCACCGGGCUCGGGCCGUGUUUUAAUAUCUCCGGCAAGGGAACGGUGACGGUGCCAGAGCUGAUCUUCGAGUUCAAAGGUGGAGCCAAGAUGGAAUUUCCGUUAUCUAACUAUUUCACGUUCGUCGGAAGCGCUGAUGACAUCUGUAUGACGGUGGUUUCCGAUAAAACCGUCAGUCCCACCGGUGGUCGGAGCGGUCCGGCGAUCAUUCUCGGGAGUUUCCAGCAACAGAACUAUCACGUGGAAUACGAUUUGGAGAAUGACCGGUUUGGGUUCGCGAAGAAGAAGUGCGUCCCGUGA